CCUCCUCCUCCUCCUCUCUGCCCCUCAGGCUUCUGUGUGUGACACGUAAACUUUGUCCGGUCCAGUCGUGCCCACACAGGACACCUCCACCUGGGGCAGGGAGAGCAGAGAGAGGCCCUGUCCCGAACCGCAGUCCGGCAUUUAGGAAAAUGGAGGCGAGAGACGCGAUAGCAGGUGCUCUUGUGGGCAGUGAUGGAGAAGAGCAAGCUGCACAGGAAGCUCCUAAAGCAGAAAAAACACCCACCAAAAGCAAGAUGGAGCAGCUCUUUGGGUUCAAGAGGGAAGACCUGAGCUCCUGGCAGAGCCUGGUGGCCCUCCUGAACCGCCCCACUGACCCUGCAUGUCUGGGCAUCUUCCGCUGCUUGUUUGGUAUGCUGAUGGCUAUUGACAUCACCCAGGAACGUGGCCUCAGUCACCUGGACUACAAGUACCUGGACGGGGCUCCUGUGUGUCGAUUUCCCCUCUUUAAUUUCUUACAGCCGCUGCCGAUGGACUGGAUGUACCUGGUGUACAUGGUGAUGUUCCUCGGCGCCUUGGGCAUCAUGCUCGGCUGUUUCUACCGUCUCUCCUGCCUCAUGUUCAUCUCGACGUACUGGUACAUCUUCUUUCUGGACAAAACCGCCUGGAACAAUCACUCGUACCUGUAUGGCCUCAUUGGAUUUCAGCUCACCCUCAUGGAUGGCAACAGAUACUGGUCUAUCGAUGGACUGCGGCGACCUUCGAUAAGAAACGCUCAUGUGCCUCUGUGGAAUUACACUUUGCUGAGGACACAGAUAUUUCUAGUUUACUUCAUCGCUGGGAUCAAGAAGUUGGAUGCUGAUUGGGUGGAGGGAUACUCGAUGUCAUAUCUGGCACACCACUGGCUCUUUGAUCCUUUCAAAGUGAUUCUUCCUGUUGAGGUCGUGAGUCUGCUGGUGGUGCACGGAGGUGGUCUUGUUCUGGAUCUGACUGCCGGCUAUCUGCUGUUUUUUGAUGCAACACGGCCUUAUGCGUUUUUCUUUGUCUCCUACUUUCACUGCAUGAACUCUCAGCUGUUCAGCAUCGGGAUGUUCUCCUACACAAUGCUGGCCACCAGCCCUCUUUUUUGCUACCCUGAUUGGCCGAGAAGAUUCUUCGGCCAUUUCCCGACAUUCCUGAAGCCAGUCCUGCCUUUUACCUCACCGGACUCUCAGACCAGCACGUCCUGCGCUUAUCCAGAGAGCCAAAGCACCAGCCGUGAACAACAGGAGACCCCAGCUGUUCCCAAAGCUCCAAAACUGAGAUUUAAGCACAAGCUGCGAGCCGUUUUUGCUAUUGUCUACAUAAUUGAGCAGCUCUUCCUGCCUUACUCCCACUUCAUCACUCAGGGUUACAACAACUGGACAAACGGCUUGUACGGCUACUCGUGGGACAUGAUGGUUCACUCCCGCAGCCAUCAGCAUGUGAAGAUCACCUACAAAGAUGGAAAAACUGGUGAAAUCGGAUAUCUGAACCCAGGGGUGUUCACACAGAGCAAACGCUGGAAAGACCACGGAGACAUGCUGAAGCAGUACGCUACAUGCCUCCAUCAGUUCCUGCCGCGUUACAACAUCUCUGAUCCUGAAAUCUACUUUGACAUCUGGGUGUCUAUCAAUGAACGCUUCCAGCAGAGGAUCUUUGAUCCUCGCGUGGACAUUGUGAGGGCUGAAUGGUCACCUUUCAAACCAAACCCUUGGCUGAUGCCUCUGUUGGUGGAUCUCUCACCUUGGAGGAACAAGUUCCAGGAGAUUGAAGGCAGUUUGGACAAUCAGACCGAGAUCGUCUUUAUUGCUGAUUUCCCAGGUCUCCACUUGGAGAACUUUGUAAGUGAAGAUCUGGGCAACACCAGCAUCCAUGUGCUGCAGGGCCAAGUGAGUGUGGAGGUAGUGGAGGAGAAAAAGAACCACACUCUGCAGCCUGGUGAGCAGAUGCAGGUACCUGCUGGGGCUUAUCAUAAGGUCUACACAGUGUCUGAGGGUCCCUCCUGCUACAUGUACAUCUAUGUGAACACCACAGAGGCGGCGCUGCAGGAGAACUUCACCAAACUGUUUGAGCUCCAGGAGCGAGUUCGCAACGGAACAGAAACCGAGCCUCUGCCUCCUGAGCUGCAGCCUCUAAUAGCUGCAGCGGACGGCGACGACGCCGAGGUCAACGCCACCGACCCGAUUGUGCGUCUGUUUCUGAAGAGGCAGCGCCGCAUGAAGGAGGUGAAGAAGCGCAGGGAGGCCGGCGUGCUGGAGCGGCUGGAACGAUUUGCUGUUAAAAAGUAUUAUACGAUACGGAGAGGGUUCUUGAUGUCAGCCAUUGCAAUGCGAAACCUGGCGGUGGGUCUCCCGCCGCUGGAGCAGCUCACCAGGGAAGUCGCCUUUGCCAACAUGAAAGAACCUCAGGCUGAGGCCAACCAAGACGAGCGGCUCAAAGACGAAGUUGGUCACGGAGAACUGUGAAGCCGCCGGGACCAAAGAUUUUUCGGUACUGAUGAACUCCCUGCAGGUGCUGGAUCACACAUUCCAGUCUGAAGUGUGUGUUAUUAUUACUACUGGACUGUUACUACGCUGGGACGUCGCUGCCCAGACAUCAAGGGAUUUGAGAUUUUCUAUGCUUCUGAAAUAUUUUGCCAUUCCAGAUUAUUUCCAAAUAUAAAUUCAGUAUUUUCUUAUAGAUUUUGUUUAAGGAUCUGAAUUUAUUACAGAAGAUAAUUUUCUGUUACAGCUGCAGCAGAAGACGUUAACUGACUAGUUAUGGCAUAAUUAAAAUGACAAGCAACUGCUCUGUGACAGCUACAAGUAAGACCUGCGAGAACACUAUUAUAAAUAAGCUAAAUUAAUGCUGCUUUGUCUUGAAUGAAGAUUCAGAUUAGGGGGCGAAGCUUGUGACUGAAUGAAGAAUGUUUUAUGUCUAAAGAGGGCAGAUUUCAGUGAAACCCGAUGACCUGAA